AGGAGGAGCAUACAGCAUGCUGGUGGAAUUUUGCACUGGAAAAAAAAAAGAAGAUAAGCAAGUUUGAUGGCCCCAGGUUGGGCUGUGGAGGUCUGGGCAAGACCCAGUGAGGUGCCAUGGGUCAUGGCUGCAUCUGGGCUUGGUAAUCAUCAUUGCCAUCCUCAAACUCCCUGUGCAUGCCUUUUUGGAGCUGUUCAGCUCUGCAGAUCCAAACCACAAUCCCCUUUCUGGUUGCUCACAGGGACACCAGCAAAAACUGUACCCAAAAUGAGAUUUGGAAGUUUGCCGAGUGAACAUUCGAGAAGGGCAGAGAUGGAAGUUCUCCUCCUCUUUGUGGCUUUGCUGCAAGAGCCAGCCUCAAGCACCUUGUAUGGGCCCAGGUUUUUGUCAGGCGCAGUUGGAGGGUCCAUCACCCACCAGUGCUUCUACUCCAUCACGCCUGCCAACAAGCAUGACAGAAAGUUCUGGUGUAAAAGGAAGAGCGAUGGGAUUUGCUACACCAUCAUCUCCACCACCAACUUCAUCUCAGAAGAUCACGUGGGCCGAGUGGCCCUGGAGGAUGUCCCUCAGAAUGGCACCUUCAUGGUGACAAUGACACAGCUGAAGACAAGUGACACAGGGACCUACCGCUGUGGCAUUGGCCCCACCAACAGCGACCUCCACGUCAGCCUGAACCUGACUGUGUCAGCAGAAAUCUUCACUUCACCAAACCCAGCAAGGCACAAUUCUGUGAACCCCACUUUGCCGUUCAGGUCAUCUUCCAACCAUGUAGUGACACAGAGUAGCACCACAUGGCCAACAGACACCACAGGACCAACAGACACCAUGGGUCCAACAGACACCACUGGGCUGAGACUCACCACAAUGUUGGCAUACAUCAUGGGCACCAGAACUGAGGGCACCAGCCCCCAUCCACCAGUUCUCCCCCCCAGCACCUUUGUGACCUCCCGCAGUGACACCUACAGCCAGAGCUCAUCGGGCGAAUUCUCUCUGCUCUCCGUUGUGAUACCAGCUCUGGUUUUGCUGAUUUUCAUCAUUACCACUGUUCUUGUCCUUACCAAAAUAAAGCUUCGUAAGGAGAUGGAUGUAAGUAGGCGUUGGAAGAACUUUUCCCUCCCCCACAUUUGUUCAGGAGAAGAAGGAAGCACCCUGGGACAGACAGAAGCCGUGCUGGUGCGGACUGGGCUGAGUCCCACUGAAGGACAGGGGAUGGAGGAACUCAGCAGCCCAGACAACACCAUUGGAUGCAAGGCAGAGUCAGGCAGACAUUGGAUGAUACGUGCUCUCCUCGGAAGGUUCGGGCAGACCAGGUUGUAUGAAUCCUUCAGUGAAAAAUAUUCUUUCCAACAUGAAUGAUGAAGACUUGAGGGAACCCAGGCAGAACCCCUCCUCUCAGAGCACGAUGUACAUAAGCUCAGAAGCUUCUUUACUGAAAGGCAAAAUACAGCUAUAACCUCAAAGCAUGCAGCACUUCUUCCUUGCUCCCCAUUCCACAGCCAAAUGCCUUGUUGUGUGGCGUGUAGAGAACAAAAUGAAGCAACUAGCCAUGCUGUUCCUGUAUGCGACCCUGACUGUCUCCUGUAGAGCAGAGCACCCCAAUGGGGAGCUGGGUAUGGAAUGGAAGAAUCCUCAGGGCUGCAGGUCUGACUCUUGGAAAUCCUCAUCCUUAGGGAUUUGUUUUGCAAAGCACAAACCAUGUCAGACUUCAGUUCAACACCAAAGAUUUCAGCCCAGACUGGGUGCCAUACUUCAGCCUAGAGGAAAAAAAAAGCAAAGCAAGGGUUAUUUGUGUUCUGGAGAUGCCAAAGUGCUUUGGCACCUGUGACUUGGCAAGACGACGCUUCCUUGUCUGUUAAAGCAAAUAUAUUUGCGUAAUUCCAUCUUGUUCAGAGUCAAAGGAUCGGUUUUACCAGAAACUGCAAGGGCAAAGACGGAGGUUUGGAUAACGAAGCUGUAAGUCUGUCAGGAACUGCCUCUUGUCCAAGGUGCCCAAGUGGCUGCAGGCCCUCACCGGCUGCCUUCAUCCAGGGUUCCUCUACCUACUGCGGUGCCACCAUUUCCAGCUCCUUCCAAGCACAUCUCUGUGCACGUGAGCAGCCAGACAGGAGGUGGGAAGGCAACAUGCAGGCAUCCAAAAAGGAAAGGCUCUCCUGAGAGCAGUAGGUGUACAAAAAGCAAACACACCUGUGUUUAUCGUGGCCAAGCGCAAACCCCAGAGCCGCUGUCCUGCUCCAGCUCCUCAGCUUUUCCUAUGAGCGGGUGAGAAAGUCUUCCUGUGGCCCCGAAUAAAACAAAAUCAUUGCCUUAAUUAGAAUAAAGGAAAGCAAGUUAAUGACUCAUCCCA